GUAGGUAAAGGGAAGCGCAGCGGUUUGGAGGAAGGAAGAGCAGAGCGGGGCCGCAUGUGGCACCACUCCGGGGAGCCCGCGCGUUUGUUCCAGGCACCGGUGAAGAGAUGGUUUUUACAGGAGGCCUGAGAUCUCUUCUUCCCCUUGCAGUAAGAAAUCUAAUUCGAUUCAACAAACUUAAUACCAGCAAUACUUCUGGAAUGGCUGAGGGCUAUAAACAGGCAAAUGUUGUAAUCUUGCAUAAAUCCCUUGCUGACAACUUUGAAAAGUUUUGCCAUGCAAAUAAUGGGCCUCUGCCACUGUUAUACAGAAGCAAGCCUGGUGACUGGAAAUGCCCUUCGCUGAGCAGCAAUUCCGAUAUUAGAACUGAUUGCCUGCAAUACAGAGUAUACGAGUAUGGACUUUGUACUGGAACUCUGACAAGUUUGAAGGAGUAUUCUGACCAGCUUAAAGACAUGGUGACUUUCUACUUAGGCUGCAGCUUCUCAUUUGAAAAGGCAGUCCAGAAACUUGGUGUUCCUGUAAGGAAUAUUGAGCAGAAAAGUAAUGUAAGCAUGUAUAAGACAGAUGUACCUUGCCUCAGUGUUGCUACUUUUUGCUGCAAUUUAGUGGUCACAAUGAGACCCAUUCCUGAAGACAAAUUAGAAGCAGUUGUGCUAGCAACUUAUCCAUUGAAGGAGUCGCAUGGAGCGCCAGUUCACAUUGGUGAUGCUGGCUUAUUAGGAAUCCAAGACUUUUCCAACCCAGACUAUGGAGAUCCAGUACAGCCUCAUCCUGGGGAUGUUCCAGUGUUUUGGGCCUGUGGAGUAACAGGAAUGGAAGCAAUCAGCAACUGCAAAUCUCCACUAGCUUUUGCUCAUUCGCCUGGCUGCAUGUUUAUUACUGACCAGAAGAACGAAGAUGCUGAAGCUUACCUGAAAGAAAUCCCUGAGGUCCACUGCAUUUCUCAAAGUCCUUUGUAUUACAGCAUUGUGUCAGCUGCAGCAGUAAAAAGGAUAAGAGAUCUAGAAAGUCUAAUUGGAAUAGAUCCAGCUGGAAGAAAUCAAGGGCCAGUGAUUCACCCCUUAUUGAGACUGGCCAGAAAGUUCUCCAAAUCUCCUGUAAGAGGACAUCGAGGUGUGAAACAUUUGUUCUGUCAGGACCAGCUGCUAAAGGCUUGUCUGUCCAUUUCACAUGCCCAAUCAGUGCUCAUAACCACAGGAUUUCCUACACACUUCAACCAUGAACCACCUGAAGAGAAUGAUGGACCUCCUGGAGCCAUUGCUAUUGCAGCCAUGUUGCAGGCCUUGGGGAAAUAUGUUGUUAUAGUAACAGACCUGAGAGCCAUGAAUUUAUUUAAACAGAUUAUUGAAGAAGCUGUUCAGCAAGGGAUACUGAAGGCACCAGUCCCUCUGAUGAGUUAUCAAGGAGAUGCUUCGGAGUCAGCUUUGAUGUUUUUGUGUGAUGAUGGAAAUGUUAAAAAACCCAGAUUUGAUCACCUCAUAGCAAUAGAGCGAGCUGGGAUGGCUGCUGAUGGCAAUUACUACAAUGCAAGGAAAAUUAAUAUUAAACAUCUGGUGGAUCCCAUAGAUGAAUUGUUUAUAGCAGCACGUACAAUACCUGGAGUCACAACAACAGGCAUUGGAGAUGGAGGAAAUGAACUGGGAAUGGGGAAAGUAAAAGAAGCCGUAAAAAAGCACAUAAAAAAUGGAGACGUUAUAGCUUGUGAUGUUGAAGCUGAUUUCACUAUUGUAGCUGGGGUCUCUAACUGGGGAGGUUAUGCUGUUGCUUGCUCUCUCUAUAUCCUCAACACCUGUGAGAUACAUGAUCGCUAUCUGAGGAAAGCUAUUGGAUUCCCCAGAUUGUCCAAAAAGGUGGUUUGGGCAUCAGCUCUUCCAUCUGUUACUAAGGAAGAAAAUUUGCUGCAAAUACUUAGACAUCAUGGAGUUCGCAGUGGAAUAACUGCCAGUCUUGAAAUGGAAGUGGAUGGUUUGUCCUUCUAUAGCACACACUCAGAUAUGAUUGAAAAGCUUCUGGGAGUACUACAUUGACUUUCCUUUACAGACUUCCAGAGUUACUAUUAGAUUAUCACCCCCCCUCCACACACACACACACACACACCUACUAAUAAGGUACCGCUAAAGUUGGGAACAUGCAAAAUAGAUGGUCCUAGAAACCCUUCACUAGUACCUGAGCACCUCUUACUCUUUAAUUAUUAGCCAUACAGCGUGACUGUGAAAUGUGAAACUGCAUCUCCAUCUGGAAAAUGAAGAAUAGAAACAAAGAGCAACUAAAAUGAUUUGACCAAGCUCACACAGGAAGUUUGUGGCAAAGAUGAGAAUUAAAUAAAAAUCUUCUAAGAUCUUAAUUGUGAAUCCAGUACAGUGCCUUCAUCACAAAACUUUCUUGUCAUGGUGUCAAUUUUAUACUACUAUUUGAAUUAUAAUGAAACACAAGUACACACUGUGGUAUUAUAUAACAUAAUGGGUGAUCCAUUUUUUAUGUACAAAUUGAAAGUCCCCUUGCAUUAAAAAUAGAAGUGUUAUCAUGAUUGCUGUUCCUGUUUUACUAAACCUCACAACUGCAGCAGGAAGUAACACUUGUAGCAAAUUGGAUUUAAAAUACCAUGGUGGUGGAGAAAGCAACUGCAGUGACAGGAUGGGUGUAAAACAGAAAAAAGGGUAGUCUAUAGCAGUGAAAGCCCAAAGUAUAACUCACCUACACAUUUCCUGCAGCCCCUCUAACGGUGUGCUGCUUUGGUUGUAGCUAGUUAAUGGGGAGGAGGAGAAAGCUUAACUAGAGCUAGUGUAAUAAGUAUAGCAUUGCAUGACUUCCAGGAAAGGCUAGGACAUAAAUGUAAAGCACUUAUUGUGAAGAAAACAAAUAUAUAAUGCUAUUUCCUCUUAGGUGCUCUUCAGGCCUAGGUGAAAACCAGUGAUGGAAAGGUAACUUAAAUAUCAAGAAAGCUCAUUUUUCACUGAGGUCUAUUAGAUUAUGGAACAGUCAGCCAAGAACAGAGGAGGAAGUCCAAUGACUUGGGUCUCUUACAGCCGUUCAUUUUAUCCUGGGAGAGUUGCUGCUCUCCCAGGGAAACCAUGAGUAUACAGAAGUUCAGGCUUUUUAUCUCAGAGUAAAAAAGCCACUUCAGAAGAAAUAUAACCUGGGUACAACCAGGGUUAAAGCACUUCCAGGAGAGAUUAAGGGAGCCUGCAGAGCAUACUGAGAUGUGUGCACAGCCCCCCAGCCCUUACACACCUCACUGCACAGUGUCAUUACUGCAAGCUGUCCACUCUUCAGGGACUCACCAUUUGAAUGUCUGUACACAUGGUUCUGGGUAAGUUUUCUACCAUGAGAAGAAACCUGAGAGAAUUCUCCAAGAUUAUUUGCAUGUCUGUACACAGCUUUGGCCAUUUAAAUUUUGCUGGCUUUAUAACCCCAGAAGAUAUGUCAGGUCUGAGCUUCUGUUAGACACCAGGCCCAGUGAUUGAAUUAAAAUAAUAGUCUAUACAGUACCUUGCAUACACUAAAAGCUGUUGCCAGCAUAGCAUUAAUAUUAAAAUGCCUCAAAGAUAGCAUCAGCUAAUUCCCCCAAAAUGGCAUAAGACUAAUAAUUCUGAUUAGCCUAUUCUUGUUCCAGCAGGCUGGGCAGCAGCACUGUGAAGUUUCUGCAGUGAAAGACAUCUUGCAUUCACUUCCCCUUUGAGCAGGCAGCUUUUGUUACCAUUGUUAAAAGGAUCAUAUGACUUUUGGUAACUGAGGAAAAUCAGCUGUACUUCAAACAUUAAUUUCCUGAGCUGAGCGAAAUACAUUGCUAUUAAAGGCAGAGUGUAAAAUAUGCUCUAGGUUGGAAUCUUUGAAGUCUAAAAAAAAAGUGCUCACUGACAACCACCACAGAGCUUUCAAGGCUCUUUGUAUUUAUUGCAAGGCUCGAUUCUAUGA